AUGGCUGAUCUGAACAUCAACAAGGAUCACGAUACGUCUGCCGAUGCCUCUAAUGGACCCGAAUCUGGUUCGGACGACCUAGCCACCGUAGUGGACGAUCUGUUGAAUCAACUAUCGAACAAGUUCACAACAAUCUCAUCAGAACUUCUGACAAAGAUGGAUGAGAUGUCAAGACGUCUCGACAACCUCGAAUCUUCAAUCCAAGCAUCAGCAAGAUCUCAAAAUGAGGAGUCCAAAUGA